CCGAUAGUUACCUGCUCACUGUGAAUGACAGUGAAGAAGAAGACUGUCAACAAAAUGAAUUUGGAGCUGUUAGAAUCUUUUGGCCAGAACUACCCAGAGGAGUUUGAUGGCUCGCUUGACUGUAUUUCCCUAGCAGUGACCUGUGCCUUCAAUAAGUAUGGAACUCUUCUGGCGGUGGGCUGCAAUGAUGGCCGCAUAGUGAUUUGGGAUUUUCUGACGCGCGGCAUCGCCAAGAUUAUUUCAGCUCAUGUUCAUCCAGUCUGCAGUCUUAGUUGGACCAGGAAUGGCCACAAAUUGCUCUCUGCAUCCACGGACAACAAUGUAUGCAUUUGGGACGUACUCUCCGGCGAGCUGGAACACAAGUACAGGUUUCCGUCGCCGGUUCUCAAGGUCCAGUUCGAUCCCCGCAACGAUAACCGUCUCUUAGUCUGUCCCAUGCGAUACGCAGCGGUGUUGGUGGAAAUUGGGGGAACUCAUCGCUGUCUGCCCGUGGACUCGGACGGCGACUUGAAUAUAGUCGCUUCAUUCGAUCGCCGAGGAAAACAUAUUUACACUGGAAAUGCGAAGGGAAAAAUACUGGUCUUGGAUGUGGAGACGUUCGAGGUGGUGGCUAGUUUCCGCAUCAUAGUAGGAACUUCGAGUGCGACAGCUGUUAAGAGCAUUGAAUUUGCUCGAAGAGGAGACGCCUUUCUUAUCAAUACCUCAGACCGAGUCAUCCGCGUAUACGACUCAAAGGAAAUCAUUACCCUUGGCAAAGACGGCGAACCGGAGCCCACCCAAAAGUUGCAGGACUUGGUCAACAAAACUACCUGGAAGAAAUGCUGUUUCUCCGGCGAUGGCGAGUACAUUUGCGCGGGAAGUGCUCGACAACAUGCUCUCUAUAUUUGGGAAAAGUCUAUUGGAAAUCUGGUCAAGAUCCUGCACGGCACCAAGGGUGAACUGCUGCUCGACGUUGUGUGGCAUCCAGUGCGGCCAAUUAUUGCCAGCAUAAGCUCCGGCCUGGUCUCUAUUUGGGCGCAGAACCAAGUGGAGAACUGGUCUGCUUUUGCCCCGGAUUUUAAGGAACUUGACGAAAAUGUGGAAUAUGACGAGCGGGAGUCUGAAUUCGACAUUUCGGACGAUGACAAGUCCGUGGACUUGAAUGCCGAUGCCCAGCAGGAUGAGGAGAUUGAAGUUGACGUUCAAAAAGUGGAACCGGUAGCCGCCUUUUGUUCUUCGGACGAAGAGGGCGAGGACGAGAAUGCGCUACAAUUUCUGCCAAUGGCCCCGGAAGUGGAGGAUCCCGAGGACGGAUGGUCGGGUCAGGAUGGAUUUGAAGCCGGUGCUCUGCUGCUUGGCGCGGAUCCCCAGGACUUGAUCCCCAGGAAACUCUAUGAUGUCAGUCUGCCCGAUGCCCCCACCGAUGAAACCCACCCCCUCAUUUCCAGCAAGGCCAGCAAAGACAAACAACAACCAGUUGGCGGCAAAAAGGGCGCCGGUCGAGCCAAGAAAUAAAGCCCAUUUCACCUAUCAUAGGGUAGUUAUUGUGUCGUGUCAAUAAAAUCCAACUUAGAUCCUA